AUGCUUGGACACAGAGCAGUCAUUCCUGCAAAGUUGCGUAAUCAAGUGUUAACCGAGCUUCACGAAGGUCACCUCGGUAUUGUUAAAAUGAAGUCUCUGGCGCGAAGUUACAUCUGGUGGCCCAAAAUUGAUAAGGACAUUGAGCACCUAGCCAAGAGCCGUCCUGGUUGUCAACUUCAACAGAAUGAAGCCGGCAAAGUACCACUACACCCCUGGGAAUGGCCAACCACACCUUGGCAGAGAAUCCAUUUAGAUUUUGCUGGGCCGUUCCUAGGACGAAUGUUCCUUAUCAUUGUCGAUGCACACUCAAAGUGGCCUGAAGUGGAGAUAAUGCCAUCCACCAUAUCGACGCAGACCAUUGACCGACUCCGAACCAUUUUUGCCCGAUAUGGAGUGCCAGCACAGGUGGUGAGCGACAAUGGGCCACAAUUUACAUCCACAGAGUUCCAACUAUUUUUGAAGACUAAUGGUAUCAAGCAUAUUACCACGGCCCCAUUCCACCCUGCAACCAACGGUCAAGCGGAACGUUUUGUUCAGAGUUUCAAACAUGCUAUGAAAUGCGAGAAACAAAGUACAUCCCAGGUGAAAAUCAAUAUGGCAAAGUUCCUUUUGGCUUACCGGAAUACCCCGCAUUCGACGACUGGAGAAUCAUCGUCCGUGUUGUUUUUGGGCAGAGCGCUACGGACUCGCCUCGAUUGGUAAAACCUGAUUUACAAACGAAAGUGGUGAACAGGCAAAUUGAUCAAGCAGGGAGGAAAGGACAUUCCCCCACACGUCAGGUAUCCAUUGUCCAGACUGUCAUGGCACGUAACUACAGUGGGAAAGACAAGUGGCUACCAGGCAUAGUUCGAGCUCAAACCGGACCCCUUUCAUACAAGAUAAAAGUUGGUCGAAAUCGAAUUUGGCGACGUCACAUCGACCAGCUUCGAGCUUCUAGUGUGAAAGUAAAUGAUCAGAGUGAUGAUACAGCUGAACCUCAUCCAGAGCUCGGUGAGACUGGCCAGAAUAUUGCACCAGCAGAAGAAAUUGUCGCAGAGCCGGAUAUCGAACUAGCCACGAAUCCACCAGUAGUGCAACAACAAGAAGCCGGUAGGGCUACAACAGGAUCUGAACAACGUUACCCAACUAGAUCACACCUACCACCCGAGAGGUGGGGUCUUAACUGUUUGAUUCGAAAACUGUUUAAGAAAACUACAUAGAGAACUGCUUUAUUACUUACUGUCAUGGUUAACAUAAUUGUUCGAACACGAUAGUGAACUCAUGAACAAUAUUUUAUGAUACAUUCCUUAAGAGGAGAGAUGGUGUUUGAUAUAUAGAUAAAGAACGGACAGCGGUCAUACGCAUGGACAUAAGCAUUAGAUAUGUAGAUCGGCCAUGCUUAUGUAUUAUUCAUAUUUUGUUAAAAGUAUAAUCUAAAUACACGACAACUUUCACAAUCAUUACAGUCGAAACUUUCAUGCUUUGCGACGCAGCUAGAACUGAUCAAGACACGGGUUUACGAAAGGGAAUUCGAAGCUUGGCAAAAGAAAUGAAUUAAUGUAAUGAUUUCCAGACAGGAAUAUUAAACUAUUACAGUUGUUCGAAAUACAUUAAUGGUUUAAAAUCAUUCCUGAAUGGCCGCCAGUUCUCGCUUGGUUUUAUAUCCAUAUCGUCGUAGACUAAAUAAAAUAACACAAACUUCAGGCUUGGUAAUUCUUCAUAUCAUGCUCAACCUCAUUCAAUAAUUGUUAAAUAUAAUCCCUUUGCAAUUCUUUAAGCUGAUUAUGUCACCUUCACCAUCACCAAGAUGUUAAUAUUCGGAGUGUGUUCCAUCUUAUAUAUGACGAUUUAUUAUUUAAAUAAAUAAUAAUUUUAUUUAAAUAGGGCGUUUUUUUGUUGUAGAAACACUUGUGUCAAUGGAAGUCCAACUAUCAUAGGGCGAAAAAUCGUUACCGCAACAACUAAUGCUGCCUAGUCUCUCAUUGAUCGUACUUACGUAAGGCAUGAGACUUUUUUAAGAUUUUGUAUGUCAAUAUAAAUCCGCUUCCAGAGCCACUCCCAUCAGUCGAAAAAAGAAACGAGACAUUACCAUCCCUAUAAGUUGUCGUGUUGCCGGCAGAUGAUGCACCACACGUGUAGUUAGAAGCACUGUUGUCCGCAACCGUUAACUUGUCUCUCCAACACUGGGAAGCACCUGAAAGCAAAAUAUUAAAUAAUUAACCGUUAGUUUGAGUAACAACGACAGCAACUAAUAUACAAGCAGCAUCAAAAUAAACGACUGAAACAAUAGAAACAACAUCAACAAUUGCAACAACAUACAACUAAACGACAAAAUUAUUGACAAAGCAGCAACAACAACAACAUGCACCACAACAACAAUGUCCACCACAACAACAACAUCUACCACAACAACAACAUCCACCACAGCAACAACAUCCACCACAACAACAACAUCCACCACAACAACAAUUUCACCACAAAAACAACAACAAUGCAUGCAUCACAACAAUACCAUCAACAACAGAAGCAACAACUAGAACAACCGCAACAUCCACCACAACAAUUCCAUCAAGUACAUUAACAGCAGUAGCAACAGUUGCAACAACCCAGUAACAACAGCUGAAACAACCGCAAGACCAACAACAGAAACAAGAACACUAUCCACAACAAUAUCAAGAGCAGCAACAAGGACAAGAAAAAUAACGCUGGUAGUGACUAGUUGAUGUAUAUCCGUUGUCUGCUGUAACUUCAUAACCAAAUAAAUAAAUAAAUAAACUCAGAGAUCCCAAGGAUAGUGCAAAGUUGAUAUGACAAAUGGUAAUUAAGAUUCAUGUUGAUUCGCAUAAUGUAUGAAAUAGGAUUGAUGCACAUAUAAGGAAGUUGAUUGGCGUUUGCUUUUAUAUAUUACAAGCCACGACAACAAAUGUUGUUGUUUCCGCAUGGAUAAUUUUCCAUGGCUUAAUUCUUUGAAUGGUAGCUUUAAUCCAAAUCUUUUUUCUUUGCUUUUAGUUCAAUUUUCUACCCACUUUCCGUUGUACAUUUAAUACAAAACAAAAUAAACCGCCUUCGAAUCAAAAAUCGAAAUGAAACAAAAAUGAACAGCUUGCUGCUUGCAAGAAUUCAAGAAAUUGUUGUCACCUGACAUUCGAAAUCAUUUCCAGAUUUAGAAAGCCAAAGAGAAAACAGAACGAGUUCAAGUCGACUGCGUGCUGGCCACGUGCUCUAGAAGUUGCUGUCUAUUGACUUUAAAGGAUUAGUGUCAGGGUCAUGCAUUGCUGGCUUUUGUUAUUGUUUACAUUUUACUUACAAUACAUUUUAAUACAACAAAUAGCGAUAAAAAUACCUUGUUUGGUACAUUUCUGAUAAAAAUCACACAAAAGGAGCAAGGAUUAUAAAAGGAUGGUUAAAAUAUAUGACGGAUUGUAAACACUUUCCAGAUAAUCUAAUCUAUUUGUCCCGAAAAAUGGGCGCCAGCAGGAGUUUGAGCCCGCGAAUUCCCGUUGCGACACUAAUCCUUUAAUAAUAUGCAAACAGAACAAUGGCCUCGACUUCUAAAUAUUUCUCACUUAUAUAAUAUUUUACAGUUUAUCAAUGAAAUGCCAUAACUGCAGAAGUGAGAAAUACCAAUAGUUUGACAAAAGCUUGGAAUGAUUGAUUAUAUAAAACGUCUCGGAAACAAUACGAACUGCCAUUACUGACUACAGAUUACACUGAGUACAGAAAUUUCUGCUAUUAAAAAUUAUAUACUCCACUACAAGCACUAUAGAUCAUUAAUACAGACAAUUAUAGUUCACUGGCUCCCACCGGCGUCGCCGCUAUAGAGUAUAGUUGCCUCUGGAGCAAAAUUUCACUUAUUUACUAUUUAUUGGGCCAUGUAAACCUAACUCUAUCGCGAUAUAUAAAUAAUACAAGAAUAAGCUAGCUGAUAUAGACUGCUAGCGGUCCCUCCUUUCCUCGGGUUUUAUCGCGAUAUAAUAAUACAAGAAUAGAGCUAGCUGAUAUAAAUCAGCUGCUGACUUAUAUCAAAACUAUCCACUGGCACUUAUUCAUGUAUACGUACGUAUACAUCGCUCCAUAUCUUUGAUAGAUAAACCACUGUGCUAUAAUACUAUAUCAACCUCAGUUGUAAUAUACUCUAGUCUACACGAUUUCACAACGCCGCUCAAUAGUCACCGCUCGUCCAUGUCCGCCAUUGUAAAAUGAUAAAAUAUAUUCUAUGAUAUGAGAGCACGUGUAUUAUGCACGUGUAUUUAUGUUGCAGGGGGGCAUAUCAUAUAAUAACAAGUGCUUGAAAUGCAACAGUAAUUUGGUUAUAACUUCUCUAAAUGUCGGAUAAAUAAGUAAGAACGUGUAUUAUCAUGAAUAUAAAUAUGGAUUGUUAUAAUCUACAAACAGCUAUGAAUGAUUAGUUGGCCGAACGUCGCGAAGCUCUAGAAAACGUAAUAAAAAUAAUUUGCAAGCUCCCCCCGAAUUGUUUACUAUAUAAAUCCAUAGAUCGAUGCAUCGAUCCAUUGAUCCAAAGCAACUUUGCACUAAAAACAAACUCCGGAUUUAUUUGCAACUUCUAUUCGGAGUUGUUUAAAUUUAUACUUGACUAAGUUAACUCUAAAAACACUCUGGUGAACCUUUCCUGCGUAUAUCCUAGAAAUAACACUAUUUGGGUUUAAUUAAUAGACAAUUCGCAUGUUAUGCUAAUUUUUUAUCUAGGCAAAAAAAGUAAAUUCUCAUACAAAACUUUUUAAAACAAGACGCUCUAUAGAGCUUUAUUCGCUGGGGCUAUACCAAUGAAAACGAAAUUUUGUCACCAUAUUUGCUCAUAAUUUGGUAACCGCUACAGAAGAGCAAUUUACAGAAAACAAGACGCCAGCUCAGGCGUUUGUUUCAACCUCGUCCCAGGGUUUUUCUUAGAACGGCGCGAGGCGAUUGGUUUUGUUUAUUUGUUUUUGUGAUGUGCAUUGUGCAUAAGGCGAAUUUGUAUGUUUUGCCUGCGAAGGACGAAGAACCAUUGUCCUUCUGUUCAGGCAACACAUGCUGUGCUUUUGUCCUUCAGACGGAAAACAUGCAAAUUCCGCUUAUAUAGAAUAGUUUUUGGUGAACUAUAUUCAAACUUAUCAUGUUUAGCGCAGCAAUAAUUUUUAUUGUUUACAGAUUUGCCUUCACAACUUACAGUAUUUGACACAGAUUAUAUUUUUGAGGAUUGUGCCCCAAUGGCAAUGCACCGGUUAUUAUUUUAAUGUCUCAUAGUAGUCGAUUUUGCUAGCUCUCAAAUUCGCUAGGUUUGUAUAGCAGGUGAGAUAGCUCAGUUUUGAAAUUUUUGUUAGUAAAAUGACCCUCGGUCAGGAUUUUAUAGAACCAGACAGAGUAAAAUACAGUGCCCUCUGGAAACUUCAUGUAAGUUAUUUGUAAAUACUUAGGGGGACUCUGCGGAGGAGAGAAGGUGCCCUAUAAAUAAAACUUCCGGUGUUUCCUCCUACAAGUAAUUAAGCUAGUACGCUACUGCUACAUUCUUCUGUCGGCCGCCAGGUUGUCCGUACGCUAGGAUCCAACUGCGCUUUAAAACGAAAUAGAAAUAGAAAACUGGUACAAUUCGUUGAAAAUUUUAACGAAAUUGUUUGAAACAUUUUGUCCACUCCACGAAAAGCCGCCAUUUUGAAAAGGAAAAAAUUGGGUUUAUUAGGUCAUUAAUAUUCUAUUUUGUGGCUAUCGACGAUUGGAGAUCCACUAUAUAUUAGAGAUAGCCGAUUGCCGAUCCGUGAAAAAUGCGCGCCGAAACCUAUACUUGUCUUGGGACAGGUGCCCCAGCGAGUAAUUAGUAAAAUUGCAAAAUUUGGUUAAGAAAUGUUGUAAAAUACGGAAAAUAUAGCCUUGCGAGGUUGGCAUAUUUUGUAUAUGUUUGUACACAGGGGGCCCAAUCUCUGAGUGGUCAAUAUAUUUUGAAUAUUUGUACGGAAUAUUUAAACGUUAUAAUAUUUAAUAACGAAAUAAUUCAAAAAAUAUUAACAAUAUAUGUAAAAAUAUAUCUCACUUGUUAAUAGAAUGUAUUUAUUGUGCUUCUGAGUCUAGGUGAUGCGAUUGCUUUACGUUUUCGUCGUACUUCAACGAUCGUCAGUACUGGCACUGGACUACAUAGGAGCAGAAUAACUACAAGGCCAGUCACUUAUCUGAUAUACUGUCCGACAUCGAGUCCAAUAUCUCGCCUCAGAAACGUUGCAGAGCAAUAUAAAUUUCCCAUCGCCUAAUAGUAUGAACGCUCCUCUUCCGAAAGAACUUGGUUUGUUCACCAUUGCAGCAAUUUCCGCGACACACGACGAACUUUGUUUGUCCAAAAUUCAAACAAGCGUUCACUACCGAAGCGUUCACUACAUGAUCGUUGCCACGAGAGCGACUCAGCAACAUGGCUCCCGCGUUCGAAAACACUUCGCCAGGGGGGAGCAUCUGGACUGGAAUGAGGGGGCUUUCAAAACAACACGAUAAAAAACACCAUAUAAAUAUUAAGACAUAUGGUUCAGCGAAGUCAAGUUAAAUACUUUUAGUAUGAUUGGUAUUAUUGUCAAAAGCUAAAUGUCAUAACACAGGCGGCCCAAUCUCAGAAUGAAUGAUCAGGUGUUGCGGGUUUUUAACGGUUUUUAUAAACAAAUUAUUAGUCAACCAAAACUAUUCUAAAAACAUUCUUAAAUUAGUCAAAUAAAUACAUUUUAACAAUAAAAUAUAGUUGACAUGAUAGUAUAAUACCUUUGCAUUCUUUUAAUUAAUCCAUGAGCUCAUUUAGAGCGGUUGAUGUAACAUUUUCUGCGGCCUACAUUGUGUGUGCUCAUUAUAUAUAAUAUAACAGUAAAAGGCUAAUCUCUGGCGGCACGACCGCAUCGCCUUCAAAGUCAAAUAUCUCCGCACAAAUUUGUCGUAGGGCAAAACAAAUUCGAUUACAUCUUUUCACAAAGAUUUCUCUUUCUAAAUAAUAUGGUUGAUCGUAGCUUGGGCAAAUUUAGCGACGAACGGAACCAAAAUUUCCUCUAUAUCGGAUGCUGUUCAAAAUACUUAGGGCUGCUCGGGCACCAGACCUCUCAACUCUCACGCAUUCGGCGUGAGUCUCACGCAAUUCGCUUCACUCUCACGCUCUCACGCCACGUUCAGUAAAUAUCACGCAUAUAGCAAUUUUAUAGUAUUUUUUAUAGUAUAAUAUUGUAUUCUUAAAUGCACAUUAUUAUAAUCAUUAUACGGAUCGCGAAUCGAAUAUAUAAUCGCGUGUUAUUGUUCCUGCAUAUACGGCCCGACAUUUUGCCCGCAUUUUGGAUACAAAAUAGUACGCAUAUGUAAAUACGGCGGAAAAAAGGCAGAAUCAGUCAGAGCAGAAUUCAAUAUGUAAAUUAUCAAAGGCAAAUUAAAGCUCAUUACUGUAUCGGUCGCAGAAAUACAGUUAUUGUAACUAAAGUGCCUUGUCUUAAAGGACGUUAUGAAGCAAUGUAUCUUUCAUUAAAAAACACCAACUCUCAUAAUGCACGAAAUGCCAUUUCAGACCUCCGGACUUUUUAUACAAAGGUGUCAUCCACAUCCCCAAUCUCACUCUUAACUUCUCUGCAAAGUUUAGAGAUCUGUGGCACGAUCGUGGAAGUGACGUAAUCAAUACACACUGACAAUUCCGCCUUACUCGGGGUGGGACAGCAUAUCAAAUCCGACGAUAAUUUGUCGCUUGACGCUGUCCCACCCCACGUAGGGCGGUAAGGCGGUAUUGUCAGUAUGUAUUGAUUACGUCACGUCCACGAUCGUGCCCGAGCAGCCCUAAGUAUGUUGAACAGCAUCCGAAAUUGAGGAAAUUUUGGUUCCGUUCGUCGCUAAAUUUUCCCAAGCUACGAUCAAACCAUAUUAUUUAGAAAGAGAAAUCUUUGUGAAAAGAUGUAAUCGAAUUUGUUUUGCCGUACGACAAAUUUGAGCGGAGAUAUUUGACUUUGAAGGCGAUGCGGUCGUGCCGCCAGUGAUUAGCCUUUUACUCUUAUAUUAUAUAUAAUGAGCACACACAAUGUAGGCCACAGAAAAUGUUACAUCAACCGCUCUAAAUGAGCUCAUGGAUUAAUUAAAAGAAUGCAAAGGUAUUAUACUAUCAUGUCAACUAUAUCUUAUUGUUAAAAUUAUUUAUUUGACUAAUUUGAGAAUGUUUUUAGAAUAGUUUAGGUUGACUAUAAAUUUGUUUAUAAAAACCGUUAAAAACCGGCAACACGUGAUCAUUCAUUCUGAGAUUGGGCCGCCUGUGGUCAUAAUAAGUAAAUAACGUUUUUGUUCUAAAAAAUAUGUAAGGAAAAGUUCAUAUUAAACAAGAUAUUUCUAAUUUCCCCACGCUUCUAAAAAUAGGUAUGGCGUACCGUUACGGACAAUAUUAUGAAAGUUGUAGAUAUAAUAUCAAUGCCAAUAUUAAAAUGCCAAAACUCGCAAUAUAAAUAUGAAACGUUCCAAAUAAUAUCAAGCCGUCAAACGUUAUACCAAAGUCAUGGCCAAUUUAUAUCAAAACAUCUGUAACAAAUAUAUAAACGCACGCAUUAAUUAAAUAUUAAAAUCCGUAAUCAAAAUAUCAAAUUUUCACGCACACAAAAAAUAUCAAAUUUCACCCACACAAAAAAUAUCAAAUUUUUACUCACACAAAAAAUAUCAAACUUGCAGAUAAAAAGCGGACGCGGACGGCAGAGGGCGGACGACGGAGCAUUUUAUAAACACAUUACUACCGCAACCCAUUUAUAAUACACUAAAUUAAAUUAUAUCAGCCUUGGAUCUGUAAAUUGAAUAUGUUUUCAUCCGCUCGAAUGGCUUUAACAUUCAAUUCGUAUGUAUGAUAGGUUAUACGCCAUCUUUCUCGAGAAACGUUUGGAAAUAUGGUUAAUCAGGAGUAUUAAAUGACAUUCACUUGCAGAUAUUCUCGUACUUCAAAUAUUGCUGCGUUGUUAUGAUAUAAUGAAAACAAUCCCUUUUUACUUAUAUACCUAAGAGGUUCACACCUAAAAUGGCUUAUAUUUGCAUGCGACGACUAUUCUAUAUAUAUAUAUAUGGAUUUUAGAAAUGUUAUUUAUUAAGGCCGACCAUUUGAUGCAGGGGUAGAUUUUCAUUGGGCACGUUAAUUGUUUUAAUUAACCUCCUAAUGCUGCUCAAUCUUUUUCUGUCGUUCAGUGAUUUUGAACAAUUGCUCGAUAUUUUUUCGGUACGUCUGCUCUUGUCCGAUAUUUUUUCUAAGUUGAAUAUUUUUGGGGGGACCCGAUCGGCAAGGAUAUUACAGAAAGUGACAAUAAUUAAAUUAAAGGCUAUAGCUGGAAAAUAUGUUUAAGAACUAUUUACUGGUGUAAUAUAAAUAAUUGGUAUACUCUGUGGCGCCGUGCCCGGGGGGAGGGCAGGAGGCAUGGGCCCUCUAUUUUUGUGACCCGCUGGAAAAUUGGAAAUUUGUUAUAUUGUCGGAACGUUCUUGGUCAAGCAUUCCUGCAGAUACAAGCGGGAAUUUCACUUCUCUUCGUUGUUUGAUAAUACGAAACAUGUUUGAAUAAAAAAUAUAUAAGUUCUUUGUAUGUUUGCAUGGUGAUAAAAUAUAAUAGGUUUUUGUGGAAACACCACGUAAAUUUAUUACUAAAUAAAUAAAAUAAUAAAUUUACGUGGUGUUUCCACAAACAAAACCUAUUAAAAAAUAUAUAGAUGAAAUAUCGGAAAUCGGACUCAGUUUACGUUUUCCCACUAUAAGUUUGUAGAAUAGUCAUUUGAUUUCAUGUAAUAUUUCUGUCGGAAAAAAAUGUGUUUGUUGGAAAAAUGCUGCCCUUGUCCCUCCCCCCCCAAAAAAAAACCCCCAAAACAAACCCAACAACAUGGGACCCACGACGUGUUAAUUUAUGCAAGCAAAGUUGUGUCCUAUCAAACCCAAUUUUGUACUUUUCUAAAAUCAGUACGAUUUCGUAUGAGCAGGCCAUAAUGAUGCAGUGUUGCUCAAUAACAAGUCAUUUUUAGACAACCAGGCGGAAUCGGGUGUAAAUUUGGCGGAAACAAUUUAGCGGUUGCAAUUCUAUAGUAUACUUCAUAUAGAUAACUUUUUAUACUCUUUCUCCAUUCAUAAUUGCUAUAUUUAUCGAUAUUCUUGCGAAGAAUUUAUGCAAAUCUUUUAAAGUAAGUUUAUUAUUUUGAUUAAUUUAACUACACUUGUUACUGACUGUAGUUAAGCCCCUUGUGUUAAUAAGUAGUGGAUUUCCCCAAAAAUAUUCACUUAGAAAAAUAUCGGGCAAGAACAGACGGGCCGAAACUAAAGAUAUCGAGCAAUAUACAAUUCGUUCAAAAGCCGGGAACGACAGAAAAAGAUCGAGCAGCAUUAGGAGGUUAAUUAAAACAAUUAUCGUGCCCUAUGAAAAUCUACCCCUGCAUCAAAUGGGCGGCCUUAAUAAAUAAUAUUUCUGAAAUGCAUAUAUAGACAGGGCCGUCGAGAGAAUUCGCGGGGCCAGGGACAAAUAUUCUCUGGGGGACUCAUGACAUCAUUAUUUUUAAGCUAGACCCAACUAGACCUUAGCUAGACUGCAUGUGGAGCUACUGUAAGGGGCCCUCAAUUUCAAAAAUGCUCUGAUGAAUUUAAAGAACCUACUCAAUCUUAGGCUCUCGUUCUCAAGUUGGGGCCCUAUUAAUUACGGUGGGGGCCCGGAGCGAUUUGCCCCCCCCCAGCCCCCCCUCUGUGCAGCCCUGUAUAUAGAUUGCAUGCAAAGAUAAGCCAUUGUUAGGUGUGAACCUCUUAGGUAUAUAAUAAAAAUGGAUUGUUUUUAUUAUAUCGUAACAACGCAGCAAUAUUUGAAGUACGUGUCUAGAGUUGCUAAUUCAGUAAAUAAUGUUCAAUCUAAGACUAUGCAAACUACUUCUAACAUUCAAAACCUGCUCUUGCCAAACAGGAGUGGCUUUAAACUUGCCUCACUUAAUAUCACCAGUUUAGUCAAACAUAUUGAUGAGCUUAGAAUCUAUCUAUCAAAUAAUGUGAUUGAUGUACUGGCUAUUAAUGAGACAAGGCUUGACUCUACGGUUGGUGACAACGAAGUACAUAUACCUGGAUACGAAAUUGUUGGGCGAGAUAGAGAUUCCAAUGGUAGAUUUGGCG